GCUUUCAUCUGGUCUGUUCGUCUUCGGCAUAUCACUCGUUUGUCUCUUUGUGCUGUCAAUUAUACUUCUUGGCCAGCCAGCUCUCACUUGUGUCCUUGUCUUCACUUCAGUUGCAGUGUUCGUGGAGACCAUCGGUUAUGCUACGCAUUGGGGUGUUCCGAUGAAUGUGCUGACGGUUACCAUGGCUAUAUCUGCAAAUAUGUUGACUUCGGUGGUUGUGAUGGCAUUCAGCUACAGUUAUUCUGUAUCUGGAAAGCAGCAAAUGAGGGCCGGAGCCACAUUCUUGCCGGUGGUGUUCGCCUGCCUAGUCCCAGUCAUCACAUAUUUGCCUUUAUUUGCCGUCGAUGCACCGAUUAUCAAUCAUAUUUUCAAGAUACUAUUGGUGAACUCAAUCGCCACACUUCUGCAUUACCUCUUCUUCCUGCCAACCUCUGCCUUUUAUUCUCCACUCAUCUACCGACAUGUUCGUCACUGAGUUGUGCUGAGUGCUGUUGUGAUUUCGAUGACGAGAGUUCCAUAUAUUACAUCCCAACGACAGCUCGUGCAGUUCAUCCCGAAGGCGUCUACCAACACACGUCAUAUACCUACUCCAGUACCGCAAUCCAUAGUCACCGGUGGUCCUCCAAACUAUCUUGCUAUGGCAGGACCUCCACCGGCACCAUCGUAUGCUGGUGA